AUGUGUAUGUAUAUGGAUUUUCAAGAUUCGUUGGCCAAAUUGCCAUCCAAAGAAUCAAUAACAGAAGUUUAUACAGAACCAAUAGAAUCGUUAGAUUUUAAAUUCUUGAAUAAUCAUCAAACGCAUGACCGAAUUCAGUUGGCUCUUUGCGGCCCGAAUUCAAGUGGUAAGACAACAUUUUUACAAUCAUUCGUUGGAAUUGGCAACAUUUUACCUAUCGAUGUUGGUCCAGUCUCCGCUCGGAUAGUUAAACUCGCGUAUGCCGCACCAUUAGAUGCAUGUUUGGUUGUUCACUCAUCAAUUCAAGACUCUUAUACUGAAAAUGAUAAAGAAAAACACACAUUGCCUUUAUCAGAAUAUUUUGAUGAUUCCGCAACCGACUGGAAAGGGAUCGCGAAAGCAAUCGAAGGUUAUGUUGCUCGACCAAAGGAGAAUACCCAUGAGUUCAACGAGUGGGCAAAACAAUUUUUGGAAAUACGAAUACCAUCACCUAUACUCGAAUUGGGUAUUGAUGUCUAUGACACACCAGGUUUAUUAUUUCAUGAUGAACCAGUAUUGAAAGAGAAUUUAAAAGAAUUAGUUCGUCUUGUCCGACCAGUAAUCGUAUUUUUAUAUGCAAAUGCAACAUUCGCCAAAGAUGCAAAUGAAUGUUAUUUAAUGAUCAGAUCAACAAUAGGUGAUUCAGAACAACCACCCAUAUUUUAUCUGAAUACUAGACAAGAUAUAUCAACGUUGUUUAACGGCGCUGGAUUCAUUUCAAAUCGAAAGAAUCAGAAAUAUUUUACUGUUAAAAAAUAUCAUGAAAUUUUUCCUAGUGAACGAUUAAAACGUUAUCAGGAAUUGUACAACAAUGUUGGAACUUCAAAUAAAUUACCCAUGAUUGAAGAUAGUGAAAUAUUCGACAAAAAAUGUGAUAAUUUCGAUAUUUGCAGCAUUGUUUCGUGUUCAUUAUUACCCGAUUGUGCACUUGAAAUGACUAAACAAGCUUGCCAGCGUAUUAUUGAAUAUGCUGUAAAAGCCGAAAUGGAGAAACCACUUGAAAUGGCUAAUCAAGUGUUAGACAAAAUUGAUAGUAUUUUUAAUUUCAUUGCAUCAGCAAGUCAUCGAACAGAAGAACAAUGGAAAGAUAUUCGUUUGAAUGCAGAAAAGUGGGGUGAACAUUUCUUUCAAAAUUUUCAAAAUGAGUUAUCGCCAGUAGCAGAAAAAGUUCAAGAAAAAAUUCUUCAACGGUUUGAUCAACAUUCAACAGACAUUAUUGAACGGGCAGUUAAGUUGGAACGUUCUGAUGAUCCGUUGCACUGCAAAACAAGAGAUGUCGUUAAAACGAAUAUAAAAGAUUUUAUUAAAAUUGCGAUACAAGAAGAAGUUAUUAAAUUUGCAGUAAAUGAAGCUGUAAAUGAAUCAAAAGAAAAUAUUCGAACGACGAUUAAAAAUGCAAUUCUUAUUAACGUAGAGAAAAAUGAAUUAUUAACAGUUGCACAGCGUCAUGUUUUAAUGGAUGUAUCAUCAGAUAGUAUAACACAACGUGGUUUGGUUGAGAAUAUGUUAUAUCAAUUAUCACUAGCGCCAUCAGUUUUAUUACGUUUGGUUCGAGGUUUUUCAGCAGUUGCAUAUCAAGAUCACUGGAAUACAUUAAAUACAACAGUUUUGAAAGCUAAAGAGAAAUUUUAUGUAAUGAUGGAUGCAAUGGAUUCAUUUUCAGUUUUAAACAAUGAAUCAAAACGGCGUGAAUUUGCGAAAGAGUAUUUGAAAAGAAGACGAUCAAAAAUUGAUGCAGAAAAAGAAUUAUAUAAAAACAAUUUACAAUUAUGGAUCGCGAAUAAAGAGAAGAUGUUUAAAAAUAAUAUUAAAAGUAAUUAUAAACUUGCUAUAUCACAUUUAAACAUUAGAGACAGUGCUUAUCAAUCAACCAUGUCAUAUAUACGAUGUUUUACCGAAUUUGAAUGUGAAUUAGCAGCAUUAAAAGAUUUAGCGAAAUUUAAAGCGCAUAAUCCUGUUAUCGACGAAUCCCAAAAAUUGGGGAGUGGGGCACAUUUUGAUAUUUAUCCAGCUGAAUGGGGAAAUAAAAAAAACUUAGCUGUUAAAAAAUUAAAACAAUCAUCAAAUCAAUACGGAUAUUUGCAAUAUCUCGAAGCGCAUAAUCAUAGGAAAAUAACAAAACUUUGUCAAAUUACUGACUCAGAAGGAGAUUCAGAAUCACUUAAACUUCGAAUACAACAUAUCGCGCCCUUAUUAUAUUUAUACAAACAACAAGAGACAGAGGAUCAAAAUAAAUUAUGCAUGGUUUUAGAACGAUAUUCACAAAGCUUGGAUAAAUAUUUAGAAAAAAAGAUUAGCACGAUCAAAGCUGAUGAAGUUCUUAAAAUUGCUCUUGAUAUGAUUGAUGUGUUAGUAUUCUUACAUGCGAAUGAUAUUGUACAUCGUGAUAUUAAAUCUCAAAAUAUAUUGAUGGAUGAAAAAAAUCAAUGUUAUUUAGCUGACUUUGGAACAGCACGAGAAUGGACGACAAACUCAACAGUUAUAGGAACCUUUCCAUUACCACCAGAAUGUAUGUCAGGUUCUGUAUACGAUGGUAGAGUUGCUGAUGCUUAUUCAUUUGGUAUAUUUCUUUUUGAAUUGUUACCCAAAAACACUUAUAUUCGUCCUGAUAACUGCACAGUCAUAAAAACUAUGCUGAAAACAACCGCUCAAUUAAAUGAAUAUAACCGUACCUAUGAAGAAUUAAUUGAAUCAUGUUUACAGUCUGUACCUGAACGUCGCCCAAGUGCAAUAAUAAUUCAAUCGACAUUGCUACAAUGCCUGAAAGAUGCUGAAAAGAAGCCAUGCAUGACGUGUGAAGAUAAUUUACGAAAAUGUCGUUUUCAACCUUGUAAACAUAAACUUGUCUGUGAGUCCUGUUUUGGAAAGUUAUCGAAGAAUACAGAAGGCAAAUCAAAUUGUAUCUUAUGUUGGAAAACUAUCGAUCAAUGGACAGAAGAUGAAAAUAAUGACACAUAUUUUGGUUAA